UGGUGUCAAUCUAUAUAGUUUAGAAACUGAUAACCGUAUUCAUACGCCUGACUAAACAUCUACUAGUCGCAAAAUCUGUCCCGCUAUUAUUGUCUUCUAUUACGUAUCGUCAGUACCUGGAUCCAAUUAGGCAAUAAUUUCAACACACUUACGAACGAUCUGUGUAGGUAAUAAACGCAUCGCUAUACCAAGUAAUCGAAUAGUAUAACAUAGGCACACCAUGCAUGCACACGGCCUCGCAAGUGCACGCUCACAAUGUGCCUAUACGUACACGCAGGGAUACAGGCCUCUAUGUCUGCGUGUACACACACGCGCACACACAGGUCAUGCACACAACUCGAUGAUGUCAAGUAUAGCAUCUGUACAUACACAGCCAUGUACGGUAUUGCACAAUCGUAGUAUUCAUGCACAUAUGAAUUCAAUACGACCCGGUAUAUACACGUACAUACACCCAGGAGGUUCAUAUCCACAAGCACACACAGCCAGACCACGCACAAACACCCAUACGUGCUUGUCAUCGACACACACACGCACACCCAACUCUAUUCUGCUAUCCAAAUACACGCGGUCAAUGCAUACGACCACAUAUCCCUGUACCUGCACACGUACACAUAUGCACACACACGCACACCCGAUGGAUGUGGUCUCUUGCAAUACACCACAAUGCAGAGUACCACUACUAAGAACACACCUAUGCGCGGAUAGAGGUAUUGGCGUACACGUGCUUCAGGCCAGAGGUGUCAAAAACAUGUCAGGCAGUGUGGCAAAGGUGUCCUAUGCUGGUCCUUCGAGCGCGCCUUCGCAAAAGUUAAAGGGUACCAAACAAAGGGCGCCAGGUGUGACCAAGGAUAAACAGGCUUGGAAUACGAAGAUUAUCACUGGCAAGAAAAGUAAGCGAUCCAAUGUGAUGGAUACGAAUAGCCUGUCGGUUGCCGAUAGAGCCCGGGUGCCCAUCGCAAAUAAAAUAUUCACUGGCUACUGCGAGUUUGUAGCAUCCUGCACUGAUAUGGACCACAUACCCAAACACACAGGUGCUGUAGAGAUCGCAGUUUUGGGUCGCAGUAACGUGGGCAAGUCCUCGUUGCUCAACGCACUAAUGUCCCGCGAGAAACUAGUCAAGACAGCCAAGCGACCGGGGCACACCAAGAAACUGAACUUCUUUCGCGUCGGUCCAAAUAAAGCAAACGCCGAGACGGUCCGUCUGGUCGAUAUGCCCGGCCACGGACACGCAUCGAAGGAGGAGUGGAUGGAUCUGAUUGGCAACUAUUUACGUACUGGCAGAUGCGCGCUAGUGCUAGUGCUGAUAUCUGCCGAACACGGGCUUAAGGAGACUGACAAACUCGCGCUGCGAUUAGUGGCCAAGAUACGGCACCCAGCAGAUCUACAGACGAACGAGAAGUACCCACACACGCACUCAAAAACGGGCACUAUGAUACCACAUCCAUUCCAUUACGCCCAAGAAAAAUCGGACACGACGGGCGAAAGUGGGCCGGAUCUAAAUAUAGAAUCGGGUGCGCGAAAGAAUGGGAAAGGUCGUAGGCAUGCAACUGCAGAGACACAAGGACUGGGUGUUGGUGACUUUACCUAUCUGCGGACUAUGGUCGUGUUAACUAAGGAAGAUAAGGUUUCCGUGACUGCACGGAGAAAGGCAGAGAUGGAAGUCAACGCGUUCUUGCACGAGCUCAACAUCUCAACCGCCCCCUUAUCGGUCACUGCCAAUGUGCCAAUAGAGGUGUUGUUAUCUGAAUUUGAUCCAACGAGUGCCAAUAGCGACAUCAUAAGCGCCAGCGCAAGAGAGAAGACGGGUAUCGAGGAAGCGCGCCUGGCUAUAAUCAACAAAUUGAGGCUCUACUGAGAAUCGAAUACUCGACACUGUGACGGCCACGACAGCAGAAAGUGAUACUGCAAGUGCGUUUGGAUAUCAAGAGGACAUUGUGUGAACUCAUAGCUUACGGUAUGAAAGCUGAGAACACGUAUAAUUGGGGAUGGAUUUAGAACAGAUUAAAAUGAUUAAAAUGGAUUUAGCGAA